AACACGCAACAUUUGGCUCGGAACGCCGAUCGACGACGUACAAUAAUAAUUGACGUGCACUGCGUAGUGCGUAUCGUCGUACGGCAUUGGUGUACUGCGGACCGGUCGGCCAUUUGUUUCUAAACUUCACUUUUUCCUCGUCGGUACAGCUCUACUCACGACAUGUGCGCACUGUGUUCGUCUCAGCGCCUCUCACCGACGACGAUCGUUUGCCGUUCGGUACGCAAUCGGGCGGCAUAAAAUUAAUGGGUUGCGUCUCAUUUCGACGGCGAGAACUUGUUGAUUCGAUAACGACGAGUGUAGGUAGUACUUCAGUCUCGCCAUGAAAACCGGAACGGCGGACACUGCCCACAUCCAGGUUAAGGACAAGGCUGUUCGUCGUGCAGAGUAUCCGGAACUGUUAAGUUAUUUUUACUCCGGCUGCAAGCACGUGAAACCAGUGUAUGACUACAGAACCCAGAGUAUGAAAUCCUUAGCUGUGGCGAGAGCAUUACAUUUGACACCUUUCAAUGGUUAACACUUCAAAAUCAACCGUGUGGUCAACAUUUAUAUUAUGGUUUCACUAUUAAGACAGCAAAAGGCAAAACACACACUAUUUCAAUUGCAGAAAGAGAUGAUCUUGAUGAACAAUUGUUUAGUAGACCAAUAGGACACAAUACUUUCAAAGGUUCAAGCAAUAAAUGACUUCAAUUUAACCAAGAUGCGAACGAACAAGCAUCAGGCACUGAAAUGAAACAAAAAAAUAGUGGUAUUCAAAAUCCAGUAUCCAGAAAAAAGUUAUUUGGCAAUAAAUCAGAUGAUGAGCAAGUCAUGUUAAAUUAUGUUGUUAAUAGUCCAGGAUACCGAAAUAUUAGUUUUGAAAAUGAUUCCAAUAAACAAGUUGUUGUGGAUAUUAGGCCAAGAAAUAUAAACAACAGCAAAAAGCUAAACACACAUAAUACUUCAAUUGCAGAAAGAGAUGAUCUUGAUGAACAAUUGUUUAGCAGACCAAUAGGACACAAUAAUUCAAUUAAAAAGCAAAUCAAAUUCAAAAGUACUCCACUCAAUGAAGUUGAAGACAUAAUAAAAUAUAUUUUAGCUCAAUCUCUGUUGAGCUUGAAAAGGCAACUUUUGAAAAACACUAUACCUAAUUCCAUUUAAAAAUGUGAAUAAUUACUAUCUUAUAAUAUCUAACGUACAAUAACUUAAAUAAAUGAUAAAACAUUAAAAAUAAUAAUUUAAGAUCUGAGAAUGGA